CCAGCACCAACCAACACUAGAGAAAUAAAAACUCAUCAAACAAAAAAAAAACAUCUCAAAUCUCAGAUCAAACCACCACUAAGAAUCAAUAUUUUGCAGAGUAUCUAUCAACCAUCAAUGGCGGAUUCAUGGAAGAAGAAAACCAACAGAACCGCAAUAAAGCAUAAAGCAUGGAGUCUUGUGAGGAUGGCUCUUCUAUGGGCAAGAAAAGGUGGAGUUUUCAAAAGAUGGCCUUUGCUCGAGCUACGUAACUUGUUAUCAAAGCAUCUCAAAGCCCUAGCUCAUCAUAACAACAGUGACCGUUAUCUUUCCCGUUACGGAGAACGUGAGCUUUCCUUUGAUGAAACACCGUUGUUUAACGCCAAGAAGAAGAAGAUACGUCGUCCUACGUCUAUGAGGUUCCUCCUUCCCUGCAUUGCCUCUCCUAUAGAAUUUGAUUAUGAGUUUGGUAUGGACGGUCAAGAUUACUCCGAUGAGGUGAUAUCGUACGGUUACGAUGAGCCUAGUGUGGAAAAAUGUGAUCGUACGGAUAAGGAUGAUGAGGAAGAAGAAGAAGAGAAAGGGGUUGAUGUGAGAGCAGAGGAGUUCAUUGCUAAGUUCUAUGAGCAGAUCAAGUUGCAGAGGCAAAUCUCUUAUAUGAAAUACAGAGAAUAAGCAUAAUUAUUUAUGGAUUUUUUUUUCCAAUUUUGAAAGAUAGUGCUUAUUUUUAUUUAUAUGAUUGCAGCUCGUUUUUUUUUGUAGGUAAUUGAAAGUCUGAGAAUUUUCAAAGAUGUUUCACUAUUGAUCUUUUUGAUUUGCCUGAAGUUUUCUUCUUUUUUACAUUACCUAAAUUUCAUUGUAGCAUGUGAUACACUAUUAAAGUUUGAUACAUUGUCUAAAAUAAUAUACUCUUCAGGACUAAUUAAGUGGACAAUAAUUAUGAAGCAGAGUAUAAGUAAUACCGACUUAUCGUCGCAGAUUUCACCAUUGCUGCAUCUAGUUUUGUUUUCUCCGCCUAUAUUCAACUUUGUAUAAGUACUA